UACAUUCCGCUUUUUGCUGUUGAAUUAUUUUUUGCGUUAAAAGAAAUUAGGGUCACCGAAUCAGUUUUUGAGAUAUUAGCUUCGUGGAUAAGGAAUUUUUCGCGUGCGUUCUACUCGCAAAUUGAAAUCUCGACUUUGCAAGAUCGCCCCUUGCGCACGCGUGAAGGCGGUCUGCUGAUCAGUUAUUCCCGCAAUUCCACGCGAAUAGCGUUCUUUUUCACUGUUGUCGUUAAGAAGAAGAGCACCAUAAAUACCCGAAGGUGAGACUGGCCAAGUAGAAAGAACGAAGAAAACGUGAAGACUAGACGUUUCCCUGUUGUUUUUAGAUUGAUAGCCGGCGUUAUCGAUCACAACAUCAACAUCCGUUUCCAGUGGAAACUUGUCGGCCUAUGACGUCAUUAGCAGCAAAGCGCGCGAAAUUGUAGGCGACGAUAUUGUUACCAUUGGAAACGAGGAAAGUUGCCCGUGGCAACUCUGUAAUUUUAUAAUUUAAGGUCAAAACGUUGUUACCAAAGCUCUGUUGCGUCUUACUCAACUGAUAAUCGUAGUAAGCAUACAACAAAGUUAAAGUCGUUAAAAAUAUUCCUGACAUUUUGUGUAGCUUUUUUUUGGCUAACUAUUAAUACGUUCGCCCUUGUCGAAAUUUUCAUGUUUUUUCAUGCAUUAGUUUCAUCAGUGUUGUCGUUUAAGAGGAGCAUGACAUAUAUAUUUCCGGCUUCCCUCGUUAUUAAUAAGUACUGACUUUAACGACAAAGAAAGCGUAAUUAAAAGACCCCGGUAGCAGUUGAUUUUGAGCCCGCAAGAUGCAGAUCAGGCAUUCAGGCCACAUACUUCCAAUUCGUCACGCUAUCUUCGGGAGAUGGGGCAUUAAUUUCGUCUAAUUUUCGAGAGUUCGUCUACCAGUUCAGUCUCCUCUAGCUACAAAGCAAGAAAACUCGACUGAACUUAGGUAUUUAAGCUUUGAUUCCAAUUCGUCGAGUUAUGUUCGGGAUAUCAGGUAUUAUUUUCGUCAAACGUCCGAGAGUGCCCCGGUUACAAACUGGUACGAUUUCAAACUUGCAUCGAUCUCAUUCUCCUUUCGCUUUCAGAUGUCUUGGUGGAUACAAUACAGUGCUGACCGACAUUCACGUUUCGCCUCAUCCUCUGAUCAAGUUCCCCAGCGUUUCUUAAUUGUUUAAACGCCAUUUGUCUCCCAAAGGUAACAUCGCCUAGUCACUAGCUACAUCAGUUAACUGCGCGACAAACCCACUGAAGACUAUUACACCAUUCCCAACAUUUUGCCAUGAAAAAUAAUCUGAUUAAAAAGAUAUCAGAAAGCCUUUUAAGUUUAUAAGGUCAAGGAAUCCUGAUCACAAUUCUCAGAAAUCUUGCCCAUCCUGUGGUUAUUUUUGCAAGUCGCGUGAUAUGAAAACGCCUCUAAUGCCGCUCUGUGAUUGGUCAAUAUCACAAAACUAGGUCACUGUCUUCUUUCAACCUUUCAAUCAUUUAGCGACCUGACACAACAUGAUUUGAUAACGUCAAGCUAACUCAUCACAAUUCACAAUUCUUAGAAAUCGUACACGUCAAACAUGUCUAUGAACAACGCUCUAUGAUUGGUUAAUAUUAUUAGACGCUCGAUCACAAGACUUCAUUGUUGAAGGCGUCUACAACUGCAAACCCUCCCUGCUUUCCGCCCUUCAAUAAUCAUGGAUAUAAAAACCUUGCUAAACAAUCUUCAUGAAGAAGUAUCCUGUUCUGUGUGCAUGAUCACAUUCACAGAUCCAAAAAUGCUGCCAUGUUUACACAGUUUUUGCCUUCACUGCUUGGAAGGAAUUCUACGAACGAGUGGCCGCCAUGAUAUCAUUACAUGCCCGGAAUGUAGAAGAGAGAGUAGAGUCCCCGGCAGUGGAAACUUGAAGGAUCUGCCGACCAACUUUCGCAUUAACAGUUUGCUAGAUGUGUUGGCCAUCCAAGCGUGUAGCACUACAGGCGUCAAAUGUGGAAACUGUGACAAAAAAAGCUCCCAGAGUUUGUACUGCUUCCAGUGUUGUGCAUUCUGGUGUGACGACUGUAUCACUGGACACAACAUAAUCCGAGCUAAUAAAGACCACCGAGUGUUGGCUCUUAAAGACUUCCAAGAUCAAGACAUCGAGGACGUGUUAAAGCGACCAGCAUUUUGCGGAAAGCCAGGGCAUGAAAAGAAAGAACUGGAGUUUUUUUGUAAGACCUGUGAAGAACCCGUUUGCUAUUCUUGUGCAGCAACCAUUCACGGCGACGGCCACAUCAAAAUACUUUUGGAAGAAGCGGCGAAUGAAAGUAAAGCAGAAGCGAAGACUGUGAUCGAAUCCCAAAAGGAAAUGGCACAAAAGAUGAGAAAUAAAAUCUUCCAAAUUGACCAGAAUUGUGCAAAAAUUCGAGGAGAAGUCGCCAAUGCGAAAAGAAGAGUGCAGCAGUUUGCUGAUAACAUAUUUGCUGUUAUCGAAACGAAGAAACAGGAGAUCAUUCAUGAAGUUGAAAAUCAAGGACAACAAUCACUCCAGCGACUGGAAAUACAGAGGAAUGAGAUUGAACACCAAGCUCAAAAGAUUGAAACAGGAAUUGAAAAUACUGAAACACUUCUAAAGCGAAGCACAAACCUCGAGAUAGCACAGUUAGAUAAGACAUUGAAAACAAUCUUUCAGGAAGGAGUCAGGCUUGAAGGAGGACAAGUCGACUGUGACCUUGAAGGUCUUCGUCAAUUUAUUUUCGUGGAAAACGAAACAUUACUAGAGAAAGCAAUCACUGAAGGAAUCGGCUCAUUCAAAACCUUC